AGGGCGUUAUGCGACACUCCUGGUGUGGAUCCUAAACUGAUCAGUGAGGCGUGGGUGUAUAAUCACUACAGGUGGAUUGUGUGGAAACAAGCCUCCAUGGAAAAGUGCUUUCCUGAAACAAUGGGCAGCUUCUGUCUCACUCCAGAGCAGGUUCUCCUACAACUUAAGUACAGGUACGAUGUGGAGGUGGACCACAGUCGUAGGCCAGCUCUGAGGAAGAUCGUGGAGAAGGAUGACACGGCUGUCAAAACUCUUGUAUUUUGUUCGACUCACAGAUGGUUGGUACGCCAUUAAAGCCCAGCUGGAUGAACCUUUGACCGCUAUGCUCCACAAAGGUCUGCUGACUGUUGGUGGGAAGCUGAUCAUCCAUGGGGCUCAGCUCGUGGGAUCACAAGAUGCUUGUUCUCCUCUAGAGGCACCGGAUUCACUCAUGAUAAAGAUUUUUGCUAAUAGCAGCAGACGAGCACGAUGGGAUGCUAAACUGGGAUUUCACAGAGAUCCACGACCAUUCCUGCUUCCACUUUCCAGUUUAUACGGCAGUGGAGGACCAGUAGGAUGUGCUGAUAUUGUGAUACUGAGAAGCUACCCCAUUCAGUGGAUGGAAAGGAAAGCAGGUGGCGUUGUUUUCCGGUCAACUCGAGCAGAAGAGAAGGAGGCGAGACGAUACGACAGUCAGAAACACAAAACCAUGGAGAUGCUGUUUACCAAGAUUCAAGCUGAUUUUGAAAAAGAGGAGCAAGGGAAUAGAAAACCUCAGCAGAAGAGGAAGUCAAUGAGCCAUCAAGACAUGGCGAGUCUUCAGGAUGGAGAGGAGCUGUAUGAAGCUUUUGGAGAUGACCUGGCUUACCUGGAGGCUUGUUUGAGUGAGCAGCAGUUGGAGGCUCUUCAUGCCUACAGGCGUUCCCUGAUGGAUAAAAGGCAGGCAGAGUUGCAGGACAGAUACCGCCGAGCUUUAGAUGCAGAGGGCGACGAAAAGGGUUGUCCCAAAAGAGACGUGACACCUGUCUGGAGGCUCAGCGUUGCUGAUUCAAGAGUCCAACACAGCUCUGUUUAUCAGUUAAACCUCUGGCGACCUUCAUCAGAUCUUCAGUCUUUACUGAAAGAAGGUUGUCGAUACAAAGUUUACAACCUUGUUGCCUCCGAUGGAAAGAAGCGAAGCGGCAUAGAAACAGUUCAGCUCACCGGGACUAAGAAGACACAGUUUCAGGAUCUACAGGCUUCUCAGGCUUGGCUGUCUGGACAUUUCCAACCAAGAGUCUCUACAAACUUUGAGACUCUCCAAAAUGCAGAAUUCCAGCCUCUGUGUGGAGAAGUUGACCUCACAGGGUACAUCAUCAAUGUUAUAGAUGAACAAGGUUCAUCUCCUGCCUUUUAUUUGGCCGACGGGAGACUGAACUUUGUGAAAGUGCGCUGUUUCAACAGCUUUUCCCAGGCCGGUCUGGAGGAUGUGGUAAAACCAGGUGUCCUGUUGAGUCUGAGCAACCUGCAGCUCAGAGGUCAGUCCUUACACCCCGCUCCCGUUGUGUAUGCCGGAGAUCUAACGGUCUUCUCUACAAACCCCAAAGAAGCUCAUCUCCAGGAGGCCCUCAGCCAUCUGAAAACUGUGAUCCAGAGUCGAGAAAACUUUUUCCAAAUAGCUGAGGAGAAGCUGUCACAUUUAAUCAAGACUGAUGCCACGAGCUCUGUUUCCUGUCCAUAUUUGCAACCACAAACCCCAGUCACUGGCACACACAGAAAACAAGACCCAACGACAAACGUGACUUUUCAGAAGCCAGCCCGAAACCUCGGAUCUUUUACACCCGUCAGCAGGAAUCCUCCUGCUGCAACACCGUCUGAAAAAGACCCCAGAUGUCUGAAGAGGAAAAGAGCUCUGGAUUAUCUGUCUCGUAUCCCGUCGCCACCGCCUCUCUCUCAUCUGGGCUCAUUUGCCUCUCCAUGUGUAAAUAAAACUUUCAACCCUCCUCGAAGGUCUGGGACACCUCGCACUUUACAAACUGUACAGACUCCAGCACAAAAACCCACUGACUCUCUUGUGGAAGAUGAAUGGGUGAACGACGAGGAGCUGGCAAUGAUUGAUACUCAGGCUCUACUUGGUGGUGAUUUAUCGUAGACAGUUAUGACUGAAUGUUGACAAACUUUUAACUGUAAAUAAUUUUGAUGUAAAGGUUGAAAGCGGUUUAUUGUGGUUUUUGUCAUUUCAUUGAAUAAAGUGCUGAAACUACUUUUCACAA